AUGAGUUUAUUCGUAAGUGACGAACCAACCGACGAGAUUGUCAUCAAAAAGGAAAUCAUCGAAGAAGAUGUUGAUGAAGAUGAUCCUAUAGUUGAAUCCAUUCCAUUGUACAUGAACGCAUUACCUGAAAGAACCAAACAGUCUUUACAUGUUUUACAAUACCCAGGUCGUCCUAAAUCACGUCCAAACACAGCUGCAUGCCAAACAUCGAUCAAACCCAACUCGAAUUAUCUCCAGAUUAAAAUCCCUUCAGACACAUCACAAUUUUUUGAUAUUGAUAAGCUCGAAGACUGGGGUGAACAGAUUGCACACCAAACUGUCCUGGGGGUGUUGGACAGUACCGAUGAAGUGGGAAAUUAUAUCGCCAAGAUUGACGCAGAAAACAAGCGCGUAAUUUUAAUCCCUAUUGAUAGUUCAGUCCAAUUGAGAUCAGAUUUUAAAUACAUUGAUGAUCUAGAUGCUAAAAAGAAUCAACAAAGGAAACAAAUGGAAUCCAGUGCAGAAGCUCCUGCAAAUGUGCAAAUCUUACAAUCGGCUGCUAAACAUUCGGUAAGCUCUGGUGAGUUUCUGCACGCAUUGGGUGAUUCCUUAAAACUGGUGAAACGAUUUGAAGAAGAGGAAUGGGUGAAUUUGACCUGGAAGAAAGGUGAUGAUGAGGCUAGUAAAUCAACCAGAAAACAGCUACUCGAUGGGUGCGAUCAUUACACAUUAGAAAGCAACACUACGUAUGAUGAGUAUAUAGAUCAGAUUAUCAAUAAUUGA